AAGGGGAAAUGGGUUCGUAUUUCUUUGAUGGGGACGGAAGGGGGAAGUAAAUAAUUGAAAUUUCUCUAAUAUCUGGCAAUAUACAUUAAGCGACUAUCAACCAACGUCCAUGCCGUCUCCUUGCUCCUGAAAAAAUUCGACUGGAAAACCUCCUGGAUUCGUAAGACUGAAGUUUGAAUCCUGUCCACCCCUGUCUUUGUUAACGUACAGGGGACGUCCGUAAUAAAGUAUAGAAUAAAUGACAGUAGGCUACCAUUGACAUGAAUUGCUUAAAAUUGUAAUGACUUUAUGUUUACUAGUCUUUACUGCUCUGAUAAAUUUCUGCCUACCAGGCGAUAGAAAGCAGAAGGUCACAGUCUGGUUUGUGCGAACAAAGGAUAUGUUAACUUGACCGAAACGGAUCAAUGUGUGUAUUAUAAAUAGCCCGUUUUCCAAAAGCGGAAAUACUGGACUUGAUAUCUAGAAGUGGCCAUUAAUGUGGCUAGAGUUAGAAAAUCACACGGAAGAAGAUGGCAGCAACUAAAGGCAAAGCUGGAAUAAAUAAUGAAAGCAGUUCUGGUCGGGAUAGUGGCAAGACAGACGCAGGAAGUCCCACGUUAUCCGCAGGGGCCGCAUCCCUGACCACCAACAGGACCUACACACUAGAUGACCUGGACACCAUUGCCACUGUUGGUACAGGAACCUUUGGAAGGGUUUUUCUGGUGAAGGAUAAAAAGACAAGAGGUUUUUUUGCUCUGAAGGCGAUGAAAAUCCCAGAUGUAAUUAGUCUGAAACAGGAGCAGCACGUGCAUAAUGAGAAAGAGGUUCUGACAGAGGUGAACCAUCCUUUCCUUGUCAGACUGUUCUGGACGCACCAUGAUGAUCGUUUUCUGUACAUGUUGAUGGAAUAUGUGAAUGGAGGUGAACUCUUCAGCUAUUUACGCAGCCGAGGACGUUUCAGCAACAGCACAGGAAUGUUUUAUUCAGCUGAAAUCGUCUGCGCCAUUGAAUACCUUCACUCCAAAGAAAUUGUCUACAGAGACCUUAAACCAGAGAAUAUACUGCUGGACAGUGAGGGGCAUAUUCGAUUGACAGAUUUCGGGUUCGCUAAAAAGCUCUCUGAAAGGACAUGGACUCUAUGUGGUACUCCUGAGUAUUUAGCUCCAGAAGUGAUCCAAAGUAAAGGUCACGGGCAAGCCGUGGACUGGUGGGCUUUGGGUGUUCUCAUCUUUGAAAUGCUUGCAGGGUAUCCACCAUUUUUUGAUGAUAAUCCCUUUGGCAUCUACCAGAAGAUCCUGUCCGGAAAGCUGGAGUUUCCACGGCAUCUGGAUUUCUAUGUAAAGGACCUAAUCAAGAAGUUUCUGGUGAUUGAUCGGGCAAGAAGGCUUGGAAACAUGAAGAAUGGAGCUGAUGAUGUGAAGAAGCACAGAUGGUUUAAGUCAGUAGACUGGGAUUCUGUGCCCUGUAAAAAACUCAAGCCACCCAUCGUUCCCAAGGUAUCUCACGAGGGUGACACGUCUAACUUUGACACCUAUCCAGAGGAUGAGUGGAAGAAGGACACACCAGUACCAGCUAAGGAUCUGGAAAUUUUCAAGAACUUCUGAAAAAAUAUUCUUUUUAAUGAAUAAAAAGACAGGACUGGUAGAAGAUAAUGAUUUAGAGCUGAAGUUUUAACCUAACCAUUCAGGGGACAUCAAAAGGUCAUAGCUGCAUUAUAUAGGCAUGUCCUGCACACUUGAGAAACCGAAACAGACAUCUUCUGAUCAUCAUUAUUGUCAACAUAAUCAUGGUCAAACAUUUACAGAGGAAACAGUUCAUCACUUCAGCAUCAUCUAUUAAGUGAUGAGCAACUUGAUUCAACACCCUCUGAAUCUCUUGUAAUAUGCAAAAUUAAUGUUUUUAAAGCAAUAUCAAGGUUCUUUUUGCUGGGUCUUCGCUUAUGCCUAAACAUGUAUGGUCAUGGUUGUGUUAUGGCUUUAUAUCUUAAAAAGCUUGCUGAAUUGGAGCUUUAAGCCUGACAAAUUUAGUUUUCUGGUUAUCUGAACUUGCUGUGUUGAUCCUUUCCUCCCACAUGGUAUUGCUAUAUAAAUUUCGUAACAUUGGGCCUGUUUCACACUGCACUCUCGGGCAGGCAUGUAAACAAAGCAAAAGCGUAACUGCAACAUUAUGCUUUUAUACUGGCAGCAUUGUUCCGGCUUAACAACCUAGCCAGUCUAUAAAAAAAAAUGCAUAGUCAAUGUAAAUGACACCAAUGUAUUUUAAAAUG